AUGUGGUUCGUAGUAGGUAACAGAUACUUCUGCGGCCCAACAACAACAACAGCGAACCCGCCCAUCGACCCUCGCUACCGCCGCGUGUACAACCCAGACGAGGUGGCGUCCGUGGUGGACCACCCGUUCAUGGCGGCACUGCUGGUCAACAAGCAGCUGUGGUGCGGCGCCGUCAUCAUCGACAGAGACACUCUUCCACUGCGUAUACAACUAGAUGAGGUGGUGUCCGUGGUGGACCACCCGUUCAUAGCGGCUCUUCUGGUGAACAAGCAGCUGUGGUGCGGCGCCGUCAUCAUCGACAGAGACACUGUGCUGACCGCUGCUCACUGCUUGCAGCUGCAAUACAACAACAGAUUCUUCCGGGAAUACGUCAAGAUGCUUUCAGUCCGGGUGGGCUCAACCAACGCCACAGCUGGAGGAGAGGUCCUGAGGGUGGUGGAGAUCUUCUUCCACCCCAACUACAAGCCCCAGACCCUGGAGUUCAACUUCGCAGUGGUGAAGCUUCACAAGAACAUGACGUUUGGGAGACACGAUCUGAUCGCUGAUAUGGUGCCGUAUUCCAAAAUCAAAGUCGUUCCCGUCGAUAAUGUGAUCACGUUUCUGGGAUGGGGAUCAGUAUUGGGUCACGGUGGGAACGGUGGGUCAGUCCUGUUACAGAAAGUAGAACUGCCAGUGUACGACCUAGCCGAUUGCCAGGAAGUUUACGGAAGGAAUCUAGUAUCAAGAAACAACUUCUGUGCCGGUUACAUUACGAUACCUAAAAACGUGUGCAACCACGACGCAGGCGGUCCAGCCAUAAUGGACGGUCAGCUGGUGGGCAUUCUCUCGUUCUCCUCCAAGCGCUGCGACCAGCCCGACCACCCUGCGGUCUUCUCUACCGUCGGCGUCAUCGCUCCAUGGCUGGAGAAGUUGGGAGAGAAGAAAGUACAGCUUAGAAACUCGGCGAUAAAGUCCCCAGAAGCCGUGCACCGGCAAACAUAAUGAAACACUAAUUUUAAUACAUCAAUAAUAUAUUUCCUCUAAUACUGUA